AUGGACAGCACUAGAUCGACUACGUUUGCGACAAGACGCAUCGCGGUCCCGUUCCUGUUGGUGGUAGCGGCGGCGGCGGCGGCGGCGGUAGUGGCGCCCGUGGCAGCAGCUCCGCCUAACCCGACGCGAUCCCGAGCGCAGUGGCCGCCGCCGAUGCGGACCGGAGAAGUGGCACCGGCGGCGCCGCCGAGGCUGUUACAGCGCGACUGCCCCGAAUUCACAUCCUGGGCGGUCGACCGGAACCACGGGCCGCUUUCCAAGGGGCGCAACAUGCUCCCGAUGCAGCGGCCCGACCCGGACUGUAGGACGUUCAUGGUCGACGAGGUGGAGGAGACCAUCGCCGAGAUGAGGCGGGCCGUCGUGGACCCGGACUUGUUUCGGCUGUUUGAGAACUGCUUCCCCAAUACGCUUGACACGGCAGUUAAGUGGCAUGGGUUGGCUGCGCAGACGAAGGACGAAGAGCUUACUUUCAUAGUCACCGGUGAUAUUGACGCCAUGACCUCUCUGGCAUCUCUCUUCCGCGGAACCAUCAACAUGCAAGCGCGCUUCAUCGAAAAGUCGCCGCACUGCAAUGCUUUUCGAGCGCCACCCGAGUCUGGCAUCAGUUCCGACAUGCCUAUCUCGUUAGAUUCUGUGUGGCCGAUACCUGACCAAAGAGUUGUGUUUGAGUGCAAGUGGGAGCUAGAUAGCUUGGCUGCGUUUUUACAGUUGUCGCACGAAUACUACGAAGGCACAGGAGACUUGGCCUUCUUUGGAAAGCACGGCUGGGUCGACGCGAUCGAGGCCAUCAUGAACACGACGACGACACUCCAGGCGGGCACGUACGCCGAGGACGGGCUACCCAACGCGUCGCCAUAUCGCUUCCAGCGGCAGACGUCGACUGCGAGCGAGACGCUCAGCAACUCGGGCGACGGCAACCCCGUGGUGGGUGGUACGGGCCUGGUGCGGAGCGCCUUUCGACCGUCAGACGACGCCGCCAUCUACCAGCUCCUCGUGCCUGCCAACAUGAUGUUCUCAAGGUACCUCGCGUCCUGCGCUGAGAUCAUGGCCAAGCUGGCUGAGGAUGAGACACCUGACGACGUCCACGGCCGUUUUCGACGCGGCUUAGCUCGGGAUAUGUCUGGCUUGGCCAGGCUGGUCCGUCGCGGCAUCGAGAGCCAUGCCAAGGUCAGGCAUGAUGUCUACGGGGAGAUGUACGCUUAUGAGAUUGACGGGUCUGGUUCGCAUAACCUCAUGGAUGAUGCCAACCUCCCAUCGCUGUUGAGUUCUGCCAUGAUGGGCUUUGUAUCGAAAGAUGAUCCCACAUAUUUGAAUACUCGAAAAUUCAUCUUUAGCAAAGAUAACCCCUAUUUCAUGCAUGGUCCGGUUCUCAACGGCACCGGUGGUCCUCACAUAGGCCCGGGGAUGGCAUGGCCCAUGUCGCUCAUCGUACGCAUCAUGACCACGGACGACGACGACGAGAUCAUGGCGACGCUGAGACAACUGGUGGAAUCGACGGAUGGCCUGGGGUUGAUGCACGAGUCGAUCAACACUUUCAGCGCAGCAAUGUAUACUCGGCCUUGGUUUUCAUGGGCCAAUGGUCUAUUUGGCCAGAUGAUGUUGGAUUUGAAGGAUAGGAAACCCCACAUUUUGAAAACAGUUUACUUCCAAUGAGAGAGAAGCUUCCCCUGACUCUAAACGUCAGUUUGAGAGUUUAAAAAGUUGAGAAUAUACAUGCAUAAUGAUAGGGUUUUAUUUACAAAAAACGACUAUUUUAGAUGAUACCUUAUGACGACCAAUAA